AUCAAAAAUAUUCAAGUUUAAAUACUAAUAUUUACUUAAAUACAAAACUUAUCUAAACAAAGAAACUACAAAUUUCCCCUGCCAGCAGGAACUAGUGGUGUAGUCCAAUCAGCAUUUAAGCCUGCUGAGCCCCGGCCCCCAUUUUUUGUCUGGCCACUCCAAGGCAGGUAAGUACCGGCAAAACACAAACAAAAGAUCAGUCUCAAGCAACAAAUUAAACUUAAGUUGAUAUAAAUACACAUGCUAACUAAAUGUAUGCGCCAACAUAAAGAACAAAUGUAUCCAAAUCAACUAAUAAAUGUUUUACUGAAACUAAAGUGUUGUGUUUGAAUGAAAAAAUAAAUUGUGCAUAAAAGAGUUACUGACUUCAGAGUGUGGCCAUGGAUUUGGUCAUCACAAUCAAAAAAGCAACACUACUGGCAACAAUAGUUGCUCAAGUUUUAAAACUUUGCUUAAAGCGGUGUAGAUUACAAACAUGUUAAGAGUUAUUAUGCAGUAUUUCAAGUGUAAUUGAUUUUAAACAGUGACCUAAAUAGACAGUAUGACCGCUCAAAGUGCUUCACAUGAGAAGCCAUUGGUAUGAGGAACACAUUCUGCCAAGGACCUAUGAGUGCAGAAACCCUCUGAUGGAAUGCAAAGAGCUCUCCUAGUAAAUUAAAUACAAUUUAAUUGCACUCCAAAAUUAACAGGAAGUCAUAUGUCAAAACUUGUGGGAAUUUAGUUGGAAGCCUGGCAGCAGCAUUUGGAUCAAAAUGUUAAGUUUUACUUCAACACGUGCAUUGUAGUAACCCAAUAGUGGAGAAAAACAAAAGUAUGAAUAAUUAUUUCCAGCUUCCUGCUUGAGAUAGCAGAGCGUUUGGUAAUAUGUUUCAAGAACGAAUCAGAGACUUGAAAUGUGCCUUUAUAGUACGAUUAGAACAAGAUCCAAGAGUGUUACGUAAGAUGUGCUGAAUACCAUUCAAUUAUAUUUCAUUAUGUGAAACGACGUUCAAUCAUUUUUAAGGCGUUUUAAUGUAGAGUCCCCCAAUGUCCGGCUUACUUUGAAUGCACCAUCUCUUUAAAUACUGCCGUAAAUCACAGAAUAGACGCGCAUUUCGACAGGGAAGGGGAAGUCGACGCGACACACCUGUUUGCACUUUUGCUCUUUGCUGCUCGACGCAUCUUCUGAGGCGGGGGUGGCGUGAUAGGGGCCGCGGUGAUGCACUGAAACUUAAAAAAAAAAAAAAAAAAAACUCACACUCUGUUGCUCAGUUCGUAAAUAGACCCGCCUUCCUUCUGAAAAUAACCGCGGAGAACUGAAACAGGAAACUUGUGCGCUGCUUCACCUUAUUACAGCUCACCCGAUGCGGGAUUUGACGCUCAAACACCGAAUUGGCAUCAGCCGCGCACAUCCCUAGCUCUGCUCCCGGAGGAGUCGGUAGAUAAUAAAAAAAAAAAAAUCAGACAGAUGACCUCCUUCUACGACGAAAAGGAUCUGGAGGAAGACCUCAGUCGAGCCAAUUGCCCUGAUGAGGAUUUGCAGUUUGAGUACUUGUUUGAAUAUGAGCCGCCUUGCAGCGACUUUGCAGGAGGAGAUCAAGAUGACCCUGGCCUUGCCACUCACAAGGUCCUCAGUCCUGAAUCUGAACAAGUUUUCCCUUUGGAUGAGCAGUACAGGAUCAAGUCCUGCAACUCCCCUUACUCCAACCUCAACCCCGAAGUUCUUUCAGGGUACGAAAACCAGGAGGCCAGAAACUACCUGGACAACACCCGGCCCCCAGGUCUGGCCCUGAGCCCCCGGAUCGAGAUCACCCCGUCCCGAGAGCACUACAGUCAUGGCCGGGACUCGCUGCCGAACCAGCACCUGAACCUCAGCCCCAGACCCACCCUCACUGUGCCCGGCCAUGAGAACCUCGCCUACCGUGAGCCCCAGUGCCUGAGUCCUGCCAGCAGCAACUCCUCCACCAGCUGGCACUCUGAGAGCUACUCGCCCUGGGCGUCCCCCUGUGUUUCACCCAGUAGCGGCCCAAAUCCAGCAGAUCUCUGCCCCCGCAUGCAGAACAUCCACACCGGCUCCCCGCGCACCUCCCCGGGUACCUCCCCUCACACCAGCCUCGGAGAAGACGGCGGCCUGGGAGCACGCUCGCCCUCGCCCCGGCCACGCUCCACCUCCCCGCAGGGCAAGCGCACCUACGAAAUGUACCGGAAUCCGGGACUGAUGCUUGGGCAGCGGUCCCGCAGUCCAUCCCCGCACAGCGGCCAAGAGGACCCCAACACGGGCGCUCAUUUCACACACGCCGGCCUUGUUGAGGGCGUGAAUGGAUUUGGCAGCAGUCAGCCAGGCAUGGUGCCCACCAAAAUAGUCAAGACCUCCAACCAACUUUAUGCUUUAAUCCCAGAGAAUCACGGAGACGGGAACUACUUGGUGUCCUGUGAUCAGGACAUUAAAACCAAACCUGCUGCAGAGCCUUUCUAUGUCAUCCCAUCAAUCUGGCCCAAGCCGCUGGUUCCCAAUCUCUGCAACCUCCCAUUGGCUACAGCCCCACCACUGGAGUGGCCCCUUCCCAGGCGCACAGACCAGUAUGAGCUCCACAUUGAGGUGCAGCCCAAGCCGCACCACAGGGCUCACUAUGAGACGGAGGGAAGCAGGGGCGCAGUUAAAGCCCCCACAGGAGGACAUCCAGUGGUGCAGUUGCACGGCUACAGAGGCAAAGAUCCAGUUGGCCUCCAGAUUUUUAUUGGUACCGCAGACGAGCGCAUCCUGAAGCCUCACGCCUUUUAUCAAGUUCACCGGAUCACCGGCAAGACGGUCACCACCAACAGCUACGAGAGGAUCAUCAACGGCACCAAAGUCCUGGAGAUCCCGCUGGAGCCAAAGAACAACAUGAAAGCCAUAAUCGACUGCGCUGGCAUCCUGAAGCUCAGGAACGCCGACAUCGAGCUGAGGAAAGGCGAGACGGAUGUCGGCCGGAAAAACACCCGGGUCCGACUUGUGUUUCGCGUGCACAUAUUUCAGCCUGGAGGUCAGGAUGUCUGUCUGCAAGUGGCCUCUCAUCCCAUCGAGUGUUCUCAGCGUUCUGCACACGAGCUUCCCAUGGUGGAGAAGCAGGACAUGGACAGCUGCUCCGUCCUGGGCGGCCAGCAGAUGAUCCUGACUGGGCAGAACUUCAGCUCCGACUCAAAGGUCAUCUUUCUGGAGAAGACCCACGAUGGCCAGCAACUCUGGGAAAUGGAAGCAACAGUGGACAAAGACAAGAGCCAACCUAGCAUGCUGUUCGUGGAAGUGCCAUCUUACCGGGAUACAUCCAUAUGCCAACCUGUCAAAGUGAAYUUCUAUGUUAUUAACGGCAAACGGAAGCGCAGUCAACCUCAGCAUUUCACCUUCACUCCACUGACAUCUCCUGCCAUAAAGACAGAACCUCUAGAUGAAUAUGAAGCACAAAAUAUGGGCUUUGGUAUUCCUCAGAUCUUGGGCUUAUCGCCUCAGUCCUACUACCACAACCCUCGCGGCAUCCUUCACCCAGACAAUGGCCUAAUGUCCAGCAUGGCUUCCUGUCAGCGUUUCAGCCCCAACCUUCCAAACCAAGACUCGCGUUUCCAGCAGCAAAGCCCGGCUAUUGUCUACUCUCGAGGUGGGAAGAGCCUCAGUAGCAGCCCAGGCACGUGGCACUCCGGCGGGGUCAUGCCUGACCCCCACCGGUCGGUGCUGGUCCACACAGGCUCACCAGCUCAGUCUGUAGGUCCCAUCAGUUCAGGCCAGCACCAGUCUAUCAUCCAGUUCUCCCCUACCAACCACCACCUGCUCAGGGCUGGAGAUGCGGAGACACUCCCUCCACCUCAGCCUGAUAACCAGCAGAUCCUUUUCUGCGAUGACUACCCUCCGCAGGCUGGAUCCCACUCACCUGGACACCCCCAAGCCCAGGCAGCGGUGACCCACCAGCAGCCCUGUCCCACCGUCAUCCAGCAGCAGCAGCAGCAGCAGCCGUUUGGGCAGAAGGAGCCCCAAAAGGUCCGGGUGUCGCCCGAGACACAGCCGAUGGAGGUUACCGAAGAGGCACAGAGGAGGGUGACGGUCAAGGAGGAGAACUUGGACCAGGCCUACCUAGAUGAUGGUGAGUUGAAUGAAAUCAUCAGAAAGGAUCUGACGGGGGUUCAGGCCAGAGGUCAGACAUAGACAACAGAGCGAAGCAGGAAGCGAAGGCCUAUUCCUCUUCCUGUGCUACCCACAGACAGACACGCAUCAAUGCAAUCAUCUACUCUCCAGCAAGGUGGCGCUCAUCUCCCUGAAAUCUCAUUUUCUGGCCAUUGUUUUUUUUUUUUUAAACAUAGAGACCGGAACGUCAGCUCCUGGUUGCUGUGUUUGCUUUGGAUGGUUUGCUGCAAUAAACACUUUGUAAACAGAGGAGCUCAUUUUACCAGUAACAUCUGCCACCAGCACCACGAGGGAUUACUGAGAAAACACAGGGACAUGCACCUUAUUUUGAUGAAAAUCUUCACAAGUAUAACCUCAGAAACCAUCUAAAAAAGAGAAAUGAGUGGUAUAAAGGGAAUAAUUUCUUAAACACGUCUUUAAAAAAAGCUUUAUCCGCUCUGUUCCGGCAAUAAACUCACACCUCUUGCCUUAUAAUAGCAAAGAUCUGGUUUGUAGCAUGCAGCUGUUUCACCAAAAAUGUCUAACAGGUUCUUGCAAAACCAAAAACAAAGCACAAAUCAAUGUUCUCUUACGSCUUGUUAUAUUUUUCAGCCCUACUUGCACAAGGUUUGUAAGUUUCUUUCUGUUGCUUUUCCAAAGCGUUCAUGCUCAUCAUCUCAUUUUAAGUGCAGUUUUGUGCUGGAAGACAAAAGCACACAGCCUUAAACUUAAUCUGUAAAUGAACUAUUGAGACACUGCCUGUUAUGCACUGUUUUCAAACGGAGUGGUUGAUGUUAUGGAUUCUUAUAUCAUUUGAGUCAUCAGAGUAAAUGAAUAUUUUAUGCUUGUUUUGCAAUAGUAAUUGUUACAGUAACUGGUGAUGAUGCAAUAUUGCAUGUAUCUCUGCACAUAUCAAGAGCCAACAGUGCCACAAUCUAGUAAAUAACUUUUAAACAUUAAUGUAUGCAAUCAUUUAAAUAAGAUUGUAAUAACUACAUUAAAUAAUACAUUAAUAUUGGUUUUAAUUUGUGGUAAAAUUAUAUGCAAUAAUUCAGUAUGUUUUUGUAUCCUCUAUUGUCUGCAACUUUAAUCCAGACAGAAGCUUUUUGCCAUUAGUCCUGCUAAAUAAACUMAUUUAGAGCCUUAAAUGUUAUGACCUUUUGAAAAAAGACAGAUUAUAAUUUUCUAAAAAUAUCUACAACAAAAAAUAUGCCGAGUUUUAAUAAUCACCUUUUAGUUAUUUAUUUAGGUUUUAAAAUAAAAAAAAAAAAAAAACUUUGUAAAACAAAAAAACAAAAAUAAUUAUAAAUUUUCUUCUGUAUGUUGAUAUUUGUAGAAAAUUAUGUAAAACAUAAUGACAAAGUUGGAUCUAAAAGAAUUUUACUGGUGCUUUUAGUAUCAUCCUGUUGUAAAAAUUUAAUGCAAAUAUUCCAUGAAAAAACGCAACGCUGCCAAAAACAUGUCAUUGCAUCUAUAUUUUAACGUAUUACUCAGCUAUCAUGAGUCCAGCUCAGAGGUUCCCUGUAAUAAAUCAUCUGAUUGGAUAACCUGGGCAGCAACUCGGCUGCAGACCAAUCAUAUUGUCUGUAGCAAAAUCAUCUUCUAUGGCGACAUAAAACUUAAACAUAAAACCACAACCAAAUUCUAUACGCUUUCUACUUAUAAUUAAUAUUGAUUUAAAUUAUUUACACUUUCAUUAACUAUAUUUAUACAUAUGUGUAUACAUUUAGCUGAUAUUAUUUAUUUGGAUUGUGGCAUUUUUCAGCCCUUGAUAUUCACAUGCUCUAUUCUGGUCUUAUAAUUUUCUUUGUGAAAUAAAAUAAAAAUGGACAUCUUUCUUUUUUUCACAGUAAUCUCUGUGGUUUUGUCCACAGUCUAAAGACAAAAACUGUGUAUAUUGAUUGCUCUGUGUAUUUGUUGCUUUUCUUUGCAGUCAUAACCAUUGUACUAAAAGCUGCCUAUGCAAAGCUUCUUGCUUUCAGAUGUAAAGAAUGUGUGUAUCAUUAUUAUUAUCAUUAUCUGUAAGCAACAGCAUCAUGUUAAGGGGGUAGUGCUGCAAGACUCUGUCGCACAGUAACAGUUUGUUUUCAUGAUAUUUUAUUUUUUGGAACAUGAUAUUUUACUGAGUUGCAGGAGGAGCAAAGUGCGAGAAAUGUCAGUACAAUGAACACUCCAAAGUGAAAUAGAAGACAUUGUCUUUGAUAUGUUCCAUAUUGAAGAUUAUCACAGUAGAAUGUAAUAUUAUUACAUUUAAAAUUUGAUAUUUAACAUUUCUCAUUGAGCCAGUGGAGCACAAAUGUAUUUGACUUUUACUGAAUGUAAUCUGUAUUAAAUAGUUCCCCCUUUUCUGUAAAUAAUAGAUGCAUUUUUAUUAAUGUGUCCAGAGUCUGAAAUAGGAGCUAAAUGCUGUUUUUAUAUCUGUUAUCUAUAAUAAAGUUUAGUUAUGAUUAUGUUCUUAAUUCUCUGAAUUAUCAAUCCAUCCAUAAUAGUUUCUUAUGUUUAUUAUUUCACAAUAUUGAAACCUUUAUUACUAACUGAUGGAUUAUUAAUGCUGUACUAUUUCAUUUUUUUUUUUGUAGAUGUCUUUACUUUUAUGUUGAAGUAUGACUUUUUGUGCCUCUUCAAAAACCUCUUCUUAUGGUAUUUUUGUAUUAAGAGAAGCA